GGUGAACUCUGACCCAGUAAACUCUGACCUUUCUGACAAUGGAUGAUAGAAGACAGGACUUUCCCAGAACUUUCGGUUUUCUUUUGGUGAAGAAACAAGUCGGAAGGAGGACUCCUCUGUACCCUGUUAACAGGAUCAGCGCAGAGAUAUGAAGCCCCUCCAUGCUGCAGUUAUUAAGGGUGACCAGCGCAGAGUGAGCCAGCUGGUACAGGAAGGGGAGGAUGUGGACGGCAGGUGUGAGUGUAAGCUGCCUGAUCUGAAAAGGGCCCACGAGUUCACACCCCUACACUGUGCUGCAGCGGUGGCCGACCUCGGGGUCAUUGACCUACUGAUCAAUGCUGGAGCUCAAGUUGACAGUGAAGAUGAGGUUGGGUGCAGUCCUCUCCACCGUGCUGUGUGGUACAACAAGUUUGACGUGGUUCAGGCUCUGCUGUCCAAAUAUGGUGCCGACAAGAACAAGCAAAACUGGGAAGGUUACACCCCUCUGCACCUGGCCGCUAAAGCAGGACACCUGGAGAUUCUGAACCUCCUCCUAAAGACUGGAGUGAAUCUGGAUGUUGUUGACAAGGUGGGCAUGACUGCUACUGACCAUGCCAAAGAGAGACAUCACCUGGACGUGGUGAAGGUGUUGGAGGAAUAUGGCGGUAAACAGGGUGCUAAUGCAGCUGGAAAUGUCAAGGCAGUCAGACUGACGGAUCGCAGUCUCUCCCGCAUUCCAGAUGAUGUUUUGGAGAAAGAAAAGGCUGAACACUUGUUUCUCAGCAGAAACAGGCUCGUGGUGCUUCCAUCAAACUUUACAAGACUUGGUUGCCUGACAAAGCUUUAUUUGGAUAACAAUUGUUUAUCAGCAUUUCCCUCAGAACUGUUUGCUUUGUCAGAGUUAGAAGAGUUGUCUUUAGCAGACAACAACAUUGAAAGUCUCCCAGAGCAGAUAAGUAUAUUUAGAAAGAUGGAAACCUUGCUUGUAUUUGGGAAUAUGUUACAUUCAUUGCCCAGUAGUAUUGGCAGUCUGUCACUCCUGAAGUCAUUUGAUGUGCACAGAAACCAUCUUAAGGAGUUGCCUGCAAGUUUUGGUCAGUUGCAAAACUUAAUGAAUCUCUACCUCAGUCAGAACCAGUUUGAAGAAGUUCCAGCUAUCGUCUUAGAUGUUGGAGACAGCCUACAGGUACUAGAAGUGGCCAUGAACAAGUUGAAACAUCUUCCAGAAGCCAUAGACAGAUUAAAGGUAAUCAAAAGGAUUGAUGCAGGGGAAAAUAAGAUUGCAUCUGUGCCUAAAACAAUGUGUAACCUAUCAAAACUUGAGUGGCUGUCUGUAAUGGACAACUGCAUCCAGGAGCUUCCAGACACAUUUGGUCAGCUAGCUUCGUCGCUCAAGUACCUCAGCACCACCAAUAACCCCUUGGUGCAGCCGCCAUACGAGGUUUGUGAACAGGGGAUUCAAGCCAUACUGAAGUAUCAAGAGGAGCUGCAGAGGUGUCGGGCUGUUGUGCAGCCUAAGAUGAAGAUGGUCCUGCUGGGGAGUCCGUUUGCAGGAAAGACGAGCCUUUGCCAUGCCCUGAUGGAGGAGAGGUCCAGGUUAACCAGAGAAGAAGACAGGACUCACUGCAUGGAUGUGAAGCUGUGGCAAGCUGAUAAAGACCUCCAGUUGGAGGUGUAUGAUUUCGGGGGCCACAAGGUGUAUGACUUUGUACACCAAUUCUUUCUGUCCCCGUUGGCCAUGAAUGUCCUGACAGUCAACUUGGAGCAGUACAAGCCAGCAGAGUUUGAAGAGUUGGUUGGGAAGUGGGCCAAGGCUCUGAAUGCGCACACUCCGGGUGCAGUCAUCCGCCUGGUCGGCACCCACGUUGACCGCUGCUCACCAAAGGACGUCAGGUGGAAAUGUGAAGACAUCUGUGACCAGCUUCACAGAGAUAAGAAGAAGCAAGAUCAGAUCAUCCAGGAUCAGAUGAAGACCAUCGAAGAUGUCAUCAGUGAUUCCAGCGUCAUUGAGGUUGGUCACCCAUUACAUGGUGUCACCAGAGAACGAAUGCUCAAACGGUAUCACAAGCUCCGAGCUAUGCUAGAAAGCCAGCCAAAGCUGCAGUGGUGCGUGGCACAGGUCAGCUCAGCCGACCCUCUCAAAGGGAUUGAAGACCUCAAGAAAGAGCUGGUGUCUUUGGCCCUCAACAAGGAUGUUUUCCCAGCUUUGUGUCGUGUUUUGCCAGAAACAUGGGUAAGUCUGGAGCAGCGGAUGUUGGCUGAAAGGAAGAAACCAACACUGUGGCUCACCAUGGAAGAGGUGGAGACAUUGGGACGGGAAGUGGGACUGAGUGCGGACCGACUUCAUCCAGCCAUCGCCUAUCUCCACAAGAGAGGAGUUGUGUUGUACUUCAACGACAUCCCAGACCUGAAGAACGUGGUGUUCCAGAACCCGGCCAGGCUGACAGACAUCCUGAAGCAGCUGUACCACCACAACACCGACACGAUGAUCAGGAACAUCAGCAGCCUGAAGGUGGACCACAUCCAGCAGAGGCAGCUUCAGGAGGACCUGCUGCGAUCUGGCCUGAUGUCCAUAGACACCCUGCACCAUCUGCUGAAGGGGAUGAAGCAGCCGCCGAACAACAUGGACAUCGUCGUGAAGCUUCUGGAGAGAUUUGGCAUCUGUUAUCCAGUCCCGAUGAGUGGAGCAGGCUCCAUUGCCAGGGCUUACAGGGUGGAGAGUUCCAGCAUGUAUCAGUUCACCUGGCUUCUCUCUACUGAGAUGCCUGGUGAUGUCCAUGAGAAGUGGUUCCCUGUGUGUCCAGAGAAGCAGGACCAACUGACCAUCCUCUGUGUGAUGAGAGGGUUCACACCAUGGGGCCUGUAUGAAAGGUUCUGUGCACAGAUAGAUCCACACAUCGGGAACCGUCUGGACUGGGCAAACGGAAUACUUGCCUCGUUUGGUGACUUCCCCCUACAUGUGAGACGUGAAGUCAGCAAAGAGAACAACGCAAGCAUCACGAUGGCGACUAGGUUUCCGAUGGACCACGUGGACAAAGCAUGGGAGGACCUCUUGAAGGUGUAUGGAGUGCUCCGAAGCCUGCUGAAAGAGUGGCCAGGUCUUCCCUACACUUUCUGGAUCGGCUGCUGCCACUGCCUGAAGAAAGAAGAUGCACAACGCGGGCAGGCCCACUACUUUCCGGGUGAUUUGUUGAGGCAAAGGCGUCCCCUUGGGAUCCAUAGUCUGAGAUGCCGAAGAUGUAGUGCUUCUGAGACAGUAGAUAUACGCCUUGUGUACCCUCCAUCUGUAACAGAUAAACAGUCAGGUACUGAUGCUGGGUCAGUCCAUAGCACCAAGGGAGGUCAGGCAACAUACAUCAACAUCACAGGUUCUUCCAAUGUACAGGUGGGAACGGGGAAUGAAAUCAGAGUGUCCGAAACAUGCUAAGAAUAACUUGAUUUGAACUCAGCUUUUAGCUAUAUACAUUUUACUUGUAACAAAUAUAUGUGCUUGUUGUUGCAAAUUCAUGCCCAAGGGCUAAUUGCACGUAAAGAAAAACAAUAGUAUAGAAGAUGAUUGAAAGACAUGGACCAAUUAAAGGUGCAAUAACACCUGUUCUAUUUCUACUUCAGUAUUGAAAUAUCAACAUACACUAACAUUUAUGAGAAGAACACUAAUACUCUAUUAUGUUGAAAAUUUUUAUGUAAAGAUGAAUGGAUAAACAGUUACUGUAACAACUAGGAAGACAAGAAGUUUCCUAAACUGUUGGUGCUAAUACUUGAGCAGUUGGGGUUGAUUCAUAUUUUGAUGUAUGUGAAUUGUCUUUCUUCUGUUUCUUUCAAAUCAGAAUAUAAUACAGAGAAAUAAUCAGGAAAAUAAUUUGGUGUGUCCUAAGGAACAAACUAGUUGGUUGUGUGACAGACAUUGUCUAAAUUGUCAUGCUCACGUUCUGACAGAGAAUACAUAAAUCACUAGCAUUUGUGAAAGUCGGGGGCCAACAACAGGCCAGUAUGGGCAUCAAAUUGAAACAGAAAUGUAAACGGUUUUGAUCAAUUACAAACACUAGUACUAGAUAACAACCAAUGGUGACCAUUAGCUAGGUUAGUAAACCCAGCCUGUCAUUGCCUUGCUUAAUCUGUAGGACUUUAACUGUAUAACUGUAAAAACUAUAUAUGGUACCUAAGUCUUAUACUUGUAGAUGACUUUAUUUCUUCCUCAUUAACUCUUGCAUACCACUAAUUGUUCAGUUAUCAGGGCUUACUCUUUGUAACAGCCUUUGGCUAGUUGGGUAACAUUUAUUCUCAUAAUUCCACAGUGUGCCAUAAUACCACCAGAAAAAAAAAAUUGUUAAAGAGGCCUUCUCAAUAUUGUCCUGAAUACGUAAAUAUUGCCAGUGUAUAUUCCUCAUGAUUACUGAUGCUGCAUUGAUACAUCUCUUAAACUAAAUCACUUUAAAUUCACAUAUUUCUCAUGUGAUUGUAUUAUGGCAUCUGGUGGAAUAUGAGAGUCAAUGCUAGCGCUGGCUGUAUGUUUUUAUGCUGUCUAAUAAAUCGAAUCAAACUC